AUGAACGUCCACCAUCCAGCCUGGGGUGGCCCUGGCACCAAAAUCGACGAACAAGCCACAGAAUUGCUUGAGAUCAUGGAUCGCCAUGGAAUCGAGCUUGCUACCGAAGAAGGACUAGUCACCUGGGAACGUGGCCAAUCACAAUCGACAAUCGAUCUAACAUUCUUAUCUACAACCUUAUUUCAUCGUCUUAUAUUACACGAGCGUGCAGGUCUCCAAGCCGCGCUUAAAACUCUCAUGAACCUGCGCCAUGAGGGCGUUCCUGGAAAUAAAGCUGCAGACAGGGCUGCAAAACGUGCGGCUCUAAUGGGCGCACGAAGGCAAAUCGUACCUGGAGAUCUAUUAAGUGAAGGAUGGACCAUACUCGCAGCAGCUGCAAAACGCAGAAUACGCCAAUCAACCAAGGAUGCCUGGGAGAGACGGUGGGAUAAGCAAAAGGCAGGGAAACCUACCAAAAAACUUGUCACUCAGCCUUCCAAGCGCACACUCCAAUAUUGGACCUUUCUCCGCAAAGCAACAUCGUCAAUACUGAUACAGCUGCGUACCGAACGAAUCGGGCUGGCGCAUUAUCUGUGGCGAAUUAACAGGCGAGAACAACCAUACUGUGCCUAUGGCCUAUCUGGUCAAUCAGUACGACAUAUCCUCAUGGAAUGCCCACUGUAUGAGAAUGAACGCGGUCUCAUGUGGUCACGAAUCAAGGGAUUCCGACGCACAACAGAUCUGCAAGCAUUACUUAAGGAAAAAAAGGCCGCAAUUGCAAUCGCGCAGUUCAUCAUUGACACGCGAGUGCUUGAUCAAUUGUGUGAGGUAGAUCCGGAAGCAGUUGGCACCUAUGAAAGCGCAGAAAUAGUGGCUUAA